CACACAGCCAGUUCCACUACGGUCCACUGUUGACGAUACCUCUCAUCUUUGCAUCAACGCAACGCACUCUGCCUCCGACAGACAUCAAACGUACUAUCCGAAAAGCCCUAAUUUUCUUAGUAAUGUGCUCUUCUUCUUCUUUUGCAUCUACCUUCUCUCUAUUCCCUGCGAAGUCGCCGUCGAUUUCACGACGACGGAAUGUUAUUCCGCCUUACUCGCAUCUAUUCCUCGGCCAUCUCAGGCCCACUAACUCUAAAUUUCGUAUUGCUGCUUCAAUUACUGAAAGAGACCUUGAGCUCUCGUCUUGGUUUAAUCCCGACCAUCCCAACAACGACGGCUAUGGUGGAUGGAUAUUUCUCAACUCUCCAACCAGCGACGCAAAAAUCGAGAGACGAGGGGUGCCUCGUUUCGUAAUAGGCAUCGUCGGGACCUCGCUUGUUGUUUUGUUCGCAGCCAUUUCUCACAUUUCACUAUCUAGACGAGGGUUUAAGUUCCAGUGGCGUACUCCCUUGAGAUCAUUAGAAGGGGUAUUUAGUCGUAUGGAAAAUGAAAGCGAUCAAGGCAAAACAGUGGAGGAUAGUUUAACCAAUCACGACCUACUGACUGAAUCUGGUGCUGAGUCUAUACCUGAUUCUAAGGUUUAUGACGCUGUUACUUCAGAUUCUGGAAAUAAGCCUGAACGAGUUAUAAUUUCCGCUCCUGUGGAUUCUGCUCAAGAUGAAGCUUUAUCGAUUUUGAAGAAACUGAAGGUUAUUGAAGAUGAUAUUGAUGCUGGAGAAUUGUGUAGUAGAAGAGAAUAUGCAAGGUGGCUAGUUCAUAUGUAUUCGUCACUGGAAAGGAAUCCAAAACACCAUAUUAUUCCAUCAGUUUUGCUUUCUGGGUCAACAAUUGCUGCCUUUGAUGAUAUAAGUAUGGAAGAUCCUGAUUUUGAGUCCAUUCAAGCUCUAGCAGAAGCUGGUAUCAUACCCAGCAAGUUAUCACCAAACUACGGAUAUGAUGGCUUGGGAGAUCGGGAGAAAACCUACUUUUUUCCUGAGAGGUUUGUAUCUCGCCAGACCUUGAUCGACUGGAAAGCCCAGUUAGAUUAUGAGUUGGUUCCCGGAAUACUAGAACGGAUAUCAAGUACAAAGGUGGGUUUUAUGGACUUGAAGGAGAUCAGUUCAGAAGCAUCGCCACAAUUGUUCAUGGAUAUGUUAGCUGGGGAGAGAAGCAUUCACAGAAAAGUUUUUGGUCAAAUCAAACGGUUUCAACCGAACAAGCCUUCAACAAAAGCACAAGUAGCAGUUGCACUGGUAAGUGGCAGGAUGGCAGAAGCAAUCUCUUUUGAAUUAUCAAGACUGGAAUCAGAGAGAUCUGCUAGAAAAGCUGAGAUAGAAGAUAUCAAGUUGGAAUUGUUAGAAAGAGGAGACAUACAAAGGUAUUGGGAUAAGAAGCUAACUGAAGAGAAAGAACGCCUGAUCAAGGUGGAGGAGCUUUAUCUUACUGCUAUCAGCGAUUUGGGAGAGCAGAAGAUGGUUCAAGAGAAGUUUUUUUCUGAGUAUUUAAAGGAAAAGGCAUCUAUAAACUGUCAGAGGCAAUUGCUUCUCAGCCUUAAGGAAGAAGUUGAUGGGAUGACAGAAAAGCUUCUUUCUGAGAGAUCUGUAUGUGAGGCAGAGAAGAGUGAGCUACACGAUAUGCAUGCCCGUUUACAGAGCCAGCUUGAAGUAACGCUUGAUACGAAAUCUGUGCUUGAAGCUGAGAAAGAAGCUCUCCGUAUUCUUAGAUCUUGGGUAGAAGAUGAAGCAAGGAAGAGUCAAGCUCGUGCAAAGGUUCUUGAGGAGGUCGGACGAAGGUGGAAAUGGGACGAUCAAGCUUGAACUUUCUCACAUACUGCGAUGUAAAGUUGACCCCAAGUUCGUUCUUAAGUUUUUUUUUUUGGAUAUGAAACAGAGUACGUGUCGUAUUUUUGCUAGUAUAAUUGCGAAGUAGAAUCAGGAUUACAACAUCUUGCUGUUUAACAGACUUGAUCAUAAAUCAAUUGAGAUUGAGAAUUCAAGCUUAGUUUCAUUUUCA